AUGUCUGCCGAACCCCUAAGCACCUGGGAUCAAAUCGCUCCGCGGGAUCACGUCCGACAAGUUUUCUGUUUUCCUUAUCAAGGUCCCCAAGAUGGUGAUCUCCAACCGUUACGUCAGGUCCUCAGGUCGGCUCUUGAUCGCGCCUGCACUGACUUGCCGGAUUUUGCUGGAAGAGUCGUUCCUGUGGACAGCCCUCCUGGGCAUCUUUUCAUCUCAAAACACGGAAAUGAUCGCGCGAAACUAGACGUCAUCGAUGAUUCGGAAACGUCCCCAUUCAGCUAUGAGGAGCUCAAGGCUAGAGGGUUCCCACCUGGAGCCUUUGUUGGAUCAUGCUUCGGUCUAGAACAAGAGUCGAGGCAGGACAAUCAAGUGGUUCCGGCGACAAAGAUCCAAGCCCGCGUCAUACGUGGUGGUUUGCUUCUUUGUAUAUAUGUUCAUCAUUCUGUGACGGAUGGCAUUGGUUUGACCAACUUCGUGUCCACAUUUGCGCGAUACACUCUCUAUCGAGAACGAGAUGAACUGCUCCCGAAGUCCGCCAAUCUCGCCAGACAUCCCGAAUUGCCGAUCGAGUUGACCUCGACCCUCCUCGAGCGCAACGCCUUCGAUGACUUGAUGAAGCUAUGUCCCGAGUACUGGGCUACGCCUCAUGGAAGCCAUCCACUUACUCUGCGUUUCGGACCUACCAGCGUACCGUUCGAGUCCAUCCCCAAAGAAGGCCGAAUCUUCGUCUUUGAUAAGGACACAAUCGCAUUACUCAAAGAAACGGCCACAAGAUACCAGGCUGAUGGUUCUGACUUCAUCAACCCUUCGACAUUCGCUUGCCUCGCAGCCCUCACGUGGAUUUUUGUAACAAGCGCCCGAGUCAGAGUCAAACACAAGUUCUCCUUAGGAAAGGAACUGCAGGUCCCACAUACUAAUGCACGUAUUAUGGUACCUGCGUCGUGGUCACGACGGGCCUUUUCCCACCUGAUCAACAGCAAAACCGGCAACACUGUCGCCAUUAUGAAGCUGGAAACCGAGCUUAGUAACCUCAUUAAGGCGAAAAUGUUUCGAGAACUAACGCCAGCAACUGGUAAGGCCUUUGCCAAACUUGUCCAGUUGAUCGAAGCAGGUCUCGCCGGCAUCGACGAGGAUUUCGUUACCAUUCGCACUGCUAUGUUUCUUGCUGCAUCAGAUCCUCGACAUAUUGGACUUGCCCACAAUCCCUUGGAUCCGUGCGAUUUCAUCAUUAAUUCCUGGCGACACCUCGGCGCAGAUACACGGUGGGGCAUUCCGGGCGUUGUUGGAGACGUCGGGAUUUCUGGCGUUCAUGAUCAUGGUAUCAUGCCUGAUGCUGUGCGCAGAGCCCAACCUGCAUGGAAUAUGGGCGCCGGUCUCAUCAUGCCCGGCAGUAAAGAUAGUAAGAGCUAUGAGGUUCUUAUAACGCUUGAUUCAAUGUCCAUGGCCGAAUUGUGCUCGGACCAGGCAUGGAUGACGUGGAUAGAUCGUGUUGUGUGA